AGGCCCCGGCCCGGCGCCAAGAAUCCCCCCGUGCGGCGGGGGCGACCACGUGACCGCCUGCCGGCGGCGGAGGGAGGCCCGGCCUGGCCCGGCCCUCCUCUCCCGCGCUGCCUGCCCCGCCCCGCCCGACCGGGGAGGUGGCGGCAGCCUCCGUGCAUGCGCAGCCGAGCUUUGCCUAGCCAGUGCGGCAGCCGCGGGUGGAAAGCCGCAGCGGCAGCUGCCGAAGGGAGUUGGGAGCACGUCGCCUUGCUGGGGGGCGGCUGAGGCAGCGUCUGGGCGCGAGGCAGCGGCGGGGUAGUUGACACUGCUCCGGGGCCGCUGCGGGCCGCCGCCGAGGUGUGGCGGCGUGGCGGGCUGCGCAGUGUUUUGGGGCUGGUCCCCGGCGUUUUGACAUUUCGGCGCCGGGAAGGGCCGCGUCCCGGCCCGCUGCGGCUGCGGGGGCCUUGCCGGCGGCUCCCGCCCCGGCCUCGGUCAAGGGGCUGGCGGCCCAGACGGCCUGGGGUGCCCAGCCCUGCCUGGAGGGUAUUCUCAGGGAAGGGGGCAUCGGGGCCACCGGCGGCCGUUUUCCGGAGGACAGAAGGUAGAAUCGUGAGUGAAUUGAAACAAAGAGCGAGGAGGAGGAGGAGGAGGAGGAGGAAGAAGAGGACGCUCGGGCUCUGCCACAUUCCUGUGCAGAGGAAGGCGGGAGGCGGCGUUAGUCCUUUACGGACAGCUGGGUUCAGCGCUGUCCUCAGCUGCUGUGGCCGUAUUUACAGACCUCUCUUCCAGUCGCGGGAGGAGAAGAAGGAGGAAGAACCAUGUAAGUUCCCAAUUGCCAAGGGUCCUGUGAGAAGAUGGGGGAUGCCGCAGACGCCAAGGAGAUGAGGAAGACUUUCAUUGUUCCUGCCAUCAAACCCUUUGACCAUUAUGAUUUCUCCCGAGCGAAAAUCGCCUGUAAUCUCGCCUGGCUGGUGGCCAAAGCCUUUGGGACAGAAAAUGUUCCAGAAGAACUAAGAGAACCAUUUUACACAGACCAGUAUGACCAGGAGCAUAUUAAACCACCUGUUGUUAACUUGCUGCUGUCUGCAGAACUCUACUGUCGUGCUGGGAGCCUUAUUCUCAAGAGUGAUGCUGCAAAACCACUUCUAGGUCAUGAUGCUGUUAUACAAGCUCUGGCACAAAAAGGCCUUUAUGUCACUGACCAAGAAAAGUUGGUGACUGAACGAGAUCUUCACAAAAAACCGAUUCAGAUGAGUGCUCACUUGGCCAUGAUGGACACCCUGAUGAUGGCAUAUACUGUAGAGAUGGUCAGUGUUGAGAAAGUGAUUGCAUGCACUCAACAGUAUUCAUCCUUCUUCCAAGCUACAGAUCUACCAUAUGACAUUGAGGAUGCUGUCAUGUACUGGAUAAACAAGGUAAAUGAACAUUUGAAAGACAUAAUGGAACAGGAACAAAAACUGAAAGAGCAUCACAGUGCAGAAUCUGCAGGAGGUCAGAAGUCUCCUACCAAAUGGUUUUGGAAACUGGUUCCUGCUCGUUACAGGAAGGAGCAAACACUACUUAAACAGCUGCCAUGCAUCCCAUUGGUGGAGAAUCUACUAAAAGAUGGAACAGAUGGUUGUGCUCUGGCAGCCCUGAUUCACUUCUACUGUCCAGAUAUCAUUAAACUGGAGGAUAUUUGUUUGAAGGAGACAAUGUCUUUGGCUGACAGCCUGUAUAAUCUACAACUCAUUCAAGAAUUUUGUCAAGAAUAUCUUAACCAGUGUUGCCAUUUCAGUCUUGAGGAUAUGCUCUAUGCAGCUUCUUCAAUAAAGAGCAACUACAUGGUGUUCAUGGCAGAAUUGUUCUGGUGGUUUGAAGUGGUGAAGCCAUCAUUUGUCCAACCUCGUGUUGUGCAUUCCCAAGCUGAACCUGCAAAAGAUGCAGCUUCUGCUCACGGUUUGAAUGCUAACAGACGAAAUUAUGUGGAGGGCCCAUCUGGUUCUGACUUGGUAGCCAGAUUGGACAGUCCAACGUAUACCCCAUCUCACCAGCUGCAUACACCCCAGCAGCCUUAUUCAUCUGCUCAAGGAGUCAUCAGAAGGUCCACAUCAAUGUCUUACGUAGAUGGGUAUGUAGGGACAUGGCCCAAAGAAAAAAGGUCAUCAGUACAUGGAGUUUCAUUUGACAUUUCUUUUGACAAAGAAAAAAGCCUUCCAGCCUCUACCCCGAACAGAGGAAUGACUCGAUCCGUGAGCAAUGAAGGCCUUACGCUGAACGUGAACCGCCUGCCAAAACACAUAAGAAAAAACCUGUCCUUCAAAUCAGUAAAUAGAGAGGAGGAAAAUCGAGAUAUUGAAGAGGAGAAGGACACAAUAGCUCCUAAAGACAUAAGGGCAAAUCAGUCUGUUAACACAAACCAGAAAAAUGCCAACGAGAGCCGCCACUAUCGGUUUCCAAACGGAGCUCUGCAAAACAGGGCGGUUCUGGAUGACUUUGGCAAUCAGAUCGAGACGCCGACUAUCGAAGAGGCUUUGCAGAUAAUUCAUGACACUGAAAAAUCUCCCAGACUCAUCCAACCAGACCAAAUUACAAAUGGAUUCUUUCUUCACAAUCAGGAAAUGAGCAUCUUGAAUUCAAACAUUAAACCAAAUCAGUCUACCCCUGAUAUAAUUACUGACACAAAAGGUGCUCUAAGUCCUGUGACUGACACUACAGAAGUAGAUACUGGAAUACAUGUCCCUUCAGAAGAUAUUCCAGAGACAAUGGAUGAGGAUUCUUCUUUGAGAGAUUAUACUGUAAGCAUGGACUCUGACAUGGAGGAACCAUCUAAAUUUCUCCAGGAUUAUGACAUACGAGCUAGCAAUCACAGAGAUCAAUUAAGUCCCUGUCCCAGCUCAGUGAGCACUAAAUCCCAGGCAGGCAGCAGCGCUUCUUCAAGUUCAGGGGUUAAAAUGACUAGCUUUGCAGAGCAGAAAUUCAGGAAGUUGAAUCACACAGAUAGCAGAAGCAGUGGAAGCAGUUCUCAGAAAACCACACCAGAGGGUUCUGAGCUGAACAUUCCACAUGUAGUUGCUUGGACUCAUAUUCCAGAGGAGGCACCUCUGCCUCAAGGAAGAGACACUACACAGUUACUGGCCUCUGAAAUGGUACAUCUUAGAAUGAAGCUAGAGGAAAAGAGGCGGGCUAUUGAAGCACAGAAGAAGAAAGUCGAAGCUGCCUUCACGAAGCAGCGGCAGAAAAUGGGCAGAACAGCAUUCCUUAAUGUUGUGAAGAAGAAAGGUGAUGGAGUAUCACCUCUCCGAGAAGAAGCAGCAGGAGCUGAAGAUGAGAAAGUAUUCACUGACAGUAAUAGGUUGAAAGAGAAAGAAACUCAAAAAUCAGACGAGCAAGGGAGUAAGACUUCAGAAUUACUGAAAGAAACCCCUGAAAAUUCUCAUAGCAAGUGGUUAAAAUCUCCUGCCCCUUCUACAGAUGCUGAAAAGCAGUGGAAUUUAGCAAGCCCCUCAGAAGAAAACCUUAAUGAAGGAGAUAUCUUAGAGUAUACAAAAUCCAUUGAAAAACUAAACUCUUCCCUACACUUCCUACAACAAGAAAUGCAGCGUCUAUCCCUUCAACAGGAGAUGUUGAUGCAGAUGAGAGAGCAACAGGCUUGGGUUAUUUCUCCUCCUCAGCCUUCUCCUCAGAAGCAGAUUCGAGACUUUAAGUCUUCAUCGAGGCAAGCAGGAGCUCCAUCUCCUGUUGCACCUUUCUCACAGGAAUCUCCUCGCUCUGCACAUCAGUCUCCACAGUCUUCCAACAGGAAGAGUGCCUCUUUUCAUGUUAAAAUGCAAAGGACUCCUAGGCCAAAUGAACUGAAAAUAACACCUCUAAAUCGUACCUUGACUGCCCCACGGUCUGUGGAUAGCCUCCCUCGUUUGAGGAGAUUUUCUCCAAGUCAGGUUCCCAUUCAGACUAGGUCCUUUGUUUGUUUUGGAGAUGAUGGUGAACAUAUAGGUGAACCUCCGUUAAAGGGAAAUCUUUUGAAGGAAGUCAAACCUACAGAAGAGGUAGCAAAAGAAGAAGGACCAAAAGUGCAGAAACAGUGUGAACAGAAGGUAGAGGAAAAGGAGAUUAAACCUAUUGAAUCUAAUGUUUCUGAGGUGUUAUCUCAGCCUAUCACAGAAACUGUCUGCCUCACCCCAAAUGAGGAUCAGCUAAGCCAACCUAUUUUGCCAGCACCGGCUCCUAAAACAGCUAACUUAAUUGAAGUCUCCCUAUCAGAUUUGAAGCCACCAGAAAAAAGUGAGAUACCUGUUGAGAAAUACGAAGGUGAGAGUGAUAGAGAACAAUUUGAGGACGACCAGAAAGUGUGUUGUGGAUUCUUUUUUAAGGAUGAUCAAAAGGCAGAAAAUGACAUGGCAAUGAAACGAGCAGCGUUACUGGAGAAGCGUUUGAGAAGGGAGAGAGAGACUCUGCUUCGAAAGCAGCAGCUCGAAGCAGAGCUAGAACAUAAGAAGGAAGAGACAAGACGAAAAACAGAAGAAGAACGUCAGAAGAAGGAGGAUGAACGAGCACGGCGAGAAUUUAUUAAGCAGGAAUAUAUGAGAAGGAAACAGCUGAAGCUUAUGGAAGAUAUGGAUACUGUGAUAAAGCCACGUUCCCUGUCUAUCAAAAAAAAGCCACGUCCAAAAUCCAUUCAUAGAGAUCACAUAGAAUCCCCCAAGACACCAAUCAAAGGUCCACCAGGUUCACAGCUUUAUCGUGUUUUUUCAGUAUCUAGUCUUUCACUGGCAUCGCUGAACACAGGGGACAACGAGAGCGUGCAGUCAGGCAAGAGAACACCAAGAUCUGAGUCUGUGGAAGGAUUCUUAUCUCCAAGUCGCUGUGGGAGUCGUAAUGGAGAAAAGGAUUGGGAAAAUGCAUCUACAACUUCUUCAGUUGCCUCUGCUACUGAAUACACAGGACCAAAGCUCUUCAAAGAACCCAGUGCUAAAUCUAAUAAGUAUAUAAUUCAGAAUGCACUGGCACAUUGCUGCUUGGCUGGAAAAGUAAAUGAAGGUCAAAAGAAAAAAAUACUGGAGGAAAUGGAAAAAUCCGAUGCCAAUAAUUUCUUGAUCUUGUUCCGGGAUUCAGGCUGCCAGUUCAGAUCUCUGUAUACAUACUGCCCUGAUACUGAAGAAAUCAAUAAACUAACGGGAAUAGGUCCCAAAUCUAUCACAAAGAAAAUGAUAGAGGGACUGUAUAAAUACAACUCCGACAGGAAGCAGUUUAGCCACAUACCUGCCAAAACUCUCUCCGCCAGUGUCGAUGCGAUUACCAUUCACAGCCAUUUGUGGCAAACCAAGAGACCAGUAACCCCUAAGAAACUUUUGCCCACCAAGGCAUAGUAGAUGGGAAAAAAUUUGCUCCAGACAAUUAUGAUAAACUUGCACUUCAUCCUUACUGCCUAUAGGAAAUAGAUUUCUAGUUGCCAACAAGACUCUUAGAACUUAAAACUGGACACCAAGUUCUAUUAUCAUGUCCAACUGGAAUGUAAACAGUGUUUAGGAGUGCAGAAGAUUAUCACUUAGGUGAAUAAUGACAAGUGAUUACGGAAAUGUUUGUGUGGAGAUUUGUCUGUGCUAAUACAACAUAUAGAGUACCUGGGCUCUGUAUUUUGAUUAGAUGCACUGAAGCACUGAAUGUUCCUCUUUAGUGACUCAAACUACAUUUUCUACAUCUGUUGCCUUAUAUGUUUGUAUUUGUGCUUGUCUCAAAAUAUUUUUUGUUCACUAAUGAAAUACUUAAGAUUCUCAAUACCAUUGAACUUUGCAUACUGACCUACAGUAAAAACUGAGCAUUAAGUUGUAGGUUGCUGAAGAACAGCUGAACGAGUCUGUUACGCAAGAUCCUUAUUGUCGUCCACAACAAAAUGAAGAUUCCUUCCCCUGAGUCUUUAGAAUUCUUUGUCAGGUGAUUUGCUUAUAGACUGAACACUAAAAGAGAAACUUGUGAAAUGUUUAAUGUUUCCUUCAAAGAAAGUAUUUAAUAACUCAGGGUAUAGUUAGGUGAUGCCAUGAUUCCUGUUUAAGUUACCACCUAAGAUAUAAUGACUGACCAUUUGCACCUUUGUCACAUCUUUAGAAUGUAAAGGAAAAAGAUCUGGUAAGCCUCGAAAAUAGUUUAAGCAAAUGUGCAUUUCUCUGCAUAGUUUCAGAUGAAGAGCAAGCACGCAGUCAGAUUAUGCUUCUGCAAGGAAGGAACAGGACCUUGUGAAAAUAUUCAGAACUAUAUCCCUGAAGUUUGCCUGACAGAACACUAAAAUAGCUCAGAAGAAUCACAGAAAUCACUAAGUCACAGAUCUUUCAGAAGUCAGGUAUCUAAUUCCCAUUGAUUUUAAGAUUCUGGGUUUUUUUUUAAUUUAAGACAGGCCACUGUCUGUUCUUCCUGCCUUCAGAUCUUCCAGCUCAGACUUGGAUCAAAUUUCUAGGGAAUAGGCAUCUGAUAAGAAUUGUCAGCGCAUCUUACUAAAUGGUUUUAUUGACACGAUCCAACAGAUGCCUUGUGACACUUAGCAGUUUGAAUCAUGACAGGAAAGCCUAAAUGACAUUUCAACAAAUUUAUAAUAUGGCCAUUUAAAAAAACAAACUCUAGGCUUAUCUCAGUAUUAUUUAUAAAGGGCUGCAUUCGAUUUCAAAACAGUGCUUGACAGAUCACUCCUUCCGUUUCAGUGUUUAUCUUAUCAUUUGCUUUUAACAUAGCACUGUUAUGAAAAAAAAAAAGAAAAGGAAAAAAAAAGAAAAGGAAAAAAAAAGGAAAAAAAAAAAAGAAAAGGAAAAAAAAGAAAAUUUAAAAAAAAGAAAAUAAAAAAAAAGAAAGGAAAAAAAAAGAAAAGAAAAAAACUACAAACUUGAAGCCUCCCCUAAAUCUGUGGCUAUUUUGAUACAUCAGAGGAUUUGUUGGGGGAGGGGAAAAAAUAUCUCAUUCUCAGGAAAAGACUUGAAUGAUUUGUGAUUCUGUUCUGUUUCAGUGUUGUGACAACUACAUUAACAUAAGGCAGUAUUGUGCUGUAAGUACGUAGUCCAUUUUGUUUCAUGGGAAGACUCAAACUAUGUUCGUGUUUCUCUCCUUAAAAUGCUUUGAGAGAAACUAUGCCUCACUACUAUGAUGUGCUCAUUAACUUAUAUAAAAGAUGCACAGGAAUGAGAUGUCAUUAAGCAGUUUAGAACAGUACUUUUUUAUUAUUAUUGUUAUUAUAAAGCCUUAGGCAUCAAUGCAUCUGGAUUAUGAACAUUUUCUCCAAAAUGCUGUCAGUUUUACUGUAAUUUAUGUUCUUAUAUUUAUGUAUAUUUGUUAAAACUGUAAAAAAAAAAAAGGAAAAAAAAACCCCAACAAACCAACACUUUAAAAUACAUGUUUAAUAUGUAUGUGGCUCAAAACUAUUUGUGGUUAGCUGAUUCCUACUGUGUGCAUGUAUAUCACCAGGAUCUGUAACUCUGAUAUUUCAAGUGUAUACAUACUGUGUAAAUAGGAUAUAAAUAAUAUUAAAAGGGGAGAAAGAGGAUUUGCACAUUCUGCCUGUUAGACAGUUCCUACAGACACCAUUGUAGGAACACCUUGAAUAACAAUAUGAAAGUGUGUAUAAUACACAGUGAUUCAAGAAACCAGGAGGUUAGAAUUAACAGAAACACAGAGGGUGAAUAACUUCAAAUGAAGUUUUAUCACAGGAGGCUUUUUUAUUUCCAAAACCCAUACAGUGGUUUCACUGAAGAUUUCCAACACCGUGACACACACACACAUGAAUCAAAGUGAGCUUAAAUACAGGACAGGAAUUGAGUCAUUUUAAAAUAUAUCUGAAUGUAUUUCUGAGAUUUAGAUUUGUCAACAGGUUAAGAUUUGUGCAACGUCUAAAAGUAGAAUGUGAAUAAUGCAGUUGACAAUUUCAGUGCUUGCAGUGUAAAGUUUUACCGAACACGGGAAAAGUAAAGCUAGAGAUGCUUUUCCUUUUUAAGCCUGCAGAUUUUCUAAUGACAGUGGAUCUUUGGUUGGGAUCAUGUUUAAAAAAAAAAAAAAAAAAAGACCAAAACCAAAAAAAAAAGACAAAAAAAAAAGGAAGCUUUCCAUAAAGGCCAGUAUUUAUCACUGACCUUUUCAGAACACACUGGUGCUUUCAUCAGGGGUAUUAAUAUCGUUGCUAUGACCGAAUUGCCAAACUCUCAUGUUAGUUUUUUGAGCAAAAUUUCAUAUUCUAACAGUCAUAAUGGCUACUGAAGUAUUUUUUUUCCCUUUUUUUUUUUUUUUUUGUUUUGUUUUGGUAAUUUUAUGUUAGUAUGACUGUUAGUUUUUAUUAUUUGGCUGUUUAAAGCCAAAUUCAGCUAUUUAAUUAUGAUUUAAUGGGCACUGUUGAAAAAUGUACAGUGUAUUGUGUGCUUGUCCACUUCUAUGGAGCAUAGCUUCCAUUAUUUUUUUUCUAAUGCUGUGCUGUAAAAUAUUGUCAUUGCUACUUAUGUGGUACAGUGUAGUUUUUUCCUUUCAUUUAAAUAAAAGCAUGGCAUCAAAAGUA